AUGAAGGGCGGCGGCGGCGCUGUGUGGAGCCUCAUGUGGAAAUACUGCAUCUCCGUGAGGACCCUCAGCGUUGAGGGUGAGGCCCCCAGCAGCGAGACCGGCACGUCGCUGGACAGCCCCUCCGCCUACCACCAGGGACCCUUGGUGCCCGGCUCGGGCCUGAGCCCGGAGCCCUACGAGCACGCGCCGGGCGGCGCCUAUGGGCUGUACACGGGGCCGCCCGGGCAGCAGCAGCGCGCGCGGAGGCCCCGGCUGCAGCACUCGACGUCCAUCCUGCGCAAGCAGGCCGAGGAGGAGGCCAUCAAGCGCUCGCGGUCCCUCUCCGAGAGCUAUGAGCUCUCCUCAGACCUUCAGGACAAGCAGGUGGAGAUGCUAGAACGGAAGUAUGGGGGCCGCCUCGUGACCCGCCAUGCGGCCCGCACCAUCCAGACGGCCUUCCGCCAGUACCAGAUGAACAAGAACUUCGAGCGGCUGCGCAGCUCCAUGUCUGAGAAGCGUCUGUCCCGCCGCAUCGUGCUGUCCAACAUGCGGGUGCAGCUGUCCUUCGAGGGGCCCGAGAAGGCGCACAGCUCCUUCUUUGAGGGCAAGCAGGUCUCGGUGACCGACGGGGACACCCCGCUGGGCUCCCUGGGGCCAGCCGAGUGUGGGGACCUGGGCCCGCCGCCCCCACCUGCCCUGCAGGCCCCCGCGCCUGCCGGCGACUUCACGGACGCCAUCACGGAGCUGGAGGACGCCUUCUCGCGGCAGGUGAAGUCGCUGGCUGAGUCCAUCGACGACGCGCUCAACUGCCGCAGCCUGCACGCCGUGGAGGGGGCGCCCACGCCCGCCGCCGAGCCCUCGUCGAGCCUGCACAGUGCGGAGCAGCGCCGGCUGGACGAGAUGACCGCCUCGUACAGUGACGUCACCCUGUACAUCGACGAGGAUGAGCUGUCGCCGCCACUGCCUGCGGCGCAGGCCGGGUGCCGGCCGGCCAGCGGCGAGUCGGACCUGCGGCUGCGGGCUGGAGCCGCCGCCCAGGACUACUGGGCGCUGGCCCACAAGGACGACAAGGUGGACACGGACACCAGCUGCCGGAGCACGCCGUCGCUGGAGCCGCGGGCGCGCUUGGAGCACCUGCCACUGCUCACCAUCGAGCCGCCCAGCGACAGCUCCGCCGACCUCAGCGACCGCUCGGACCGCAGCUCGCUCAAGAGGCAGGGCGCCUACGAGCGCGGCCUGGGUGGGCCGCAGGGCAGCCCCAAGCACGGCCCCCACGGUCCCCCCAGGGGCCUCCCCCGGGAGGAGCCAGAGCCGCGGGCCCGGCCACCGCGGCCCCUGGACGCCCACCUGGCCAUCAACGGCUCGGCCAACCGGCAGAGCAAGUCCGAGUCGGACUACUCCGACGGCGACAACGACAGCCUCAACAGCACGUCCAACUCCAACGACACCAUCAACUGCAGCUCGGAGUCCUCAUCCCGCGACAGCCUGCGCGAGCAGACGCUCAGCAAGCAGACCUACCACAAGGAGACCCGCAACAGCUGGGACUCGCCCGCCUUCAGCAACGACGUCAUCCGCAAGCGGCACUACCGCAUCGGCCUCAACCUCUUCAACAAGAAGCCCGAGAAGGGCGUCCAGUACCUCAUCGAGCGCGGCUUCGUGCCCGACACGCCGGUGGGGGUGGCCCACUUCCUGCUGCAGCGCAAGGGCCUGAGCCGGCAGAUGAUCGGCGAGUUCCUGGGCAACCGGCAGAAGCAGUUCAACCGCGAUGUGCUCGACUGCGUGGUGGACGAGAUGGACUUCUCCGCCAUGGAGCUGGACGAGGCCCUGAGGAAGUUCCAGGCGCACAUCCGGGUGCAGGGUGAGGCCCAGAAGGUGGAGCGGCUGAUCGAGGCCUUCAGCCAGCGGUACUGUGUCUGCAACCCCGGGGUGGUACGGCAGUUCCGGAACCCCGACACCAUCUUCAUCCUGGCCUUCGCCAUCAUCCUGCUCAACACCGACAUGUACAGCCCCAGCGUCAAGCCCGAACGCAAGAUGAAGCUGGAGGACUUUGUCAAGAACCUCCGCGGCGUAGACGACGGGGAGGACAUCCCCCGCGAAAUGCUCAUCGGGAUCUAUGAGCGGAUCCGGAAGCGGGAGCUGAAGACCAAUGAGGACCACGUGUCGCAGGUGCAGAAGGUGGAGAAGCUCAUCGUGGGCAAGAAGCCGAUCGGAUCCCUGCACCACGGGCUCGGCUGUGUGUUGUCGCUGCCACACCGCCGCCUCGUCUGCUACUGCCGGCUCUUCGAGGUUCCGGACCCGAACAAGCCCCAGAAGCUCGGGCUGCACCAGCGCGAAAUCUUCCUGUUCAACGACCUCCUGGUGGUCACCAAGAUCUUCCAGAAGAAGAAGAACUCGGUGACGUACAGCUUCCGGCAGUCCUUCUCCUUGUACGGCAUGCAGGUCCUGCUCUUCGAAAACCAGUACUACCCCAACGGCAUCCGGCUUACGUCUGCCGUCCCGGGGGCUGACAUCAAAGUGCUGAUCAACUUCAACGCCCCCAACCCUCAAGACCGCAAGAAGUUCACUGAUGACCUGCGAGAGUCUAUCGCGGAGGUGCAGGAGAUGGAGAAGCACAGGAUAGAGGCGGAGCUGGAGAAGCAGAAGGGCGUCGUGCGGCCCAGCAUGUCCCAGUGCUCCACCCUCAAGAAGGAGCCAGGGGGCGGGACGCUGAGCCGGGCCUGCCUGGACGACAGCUACGCCGGCGGCGAGGGGCUCAAGCGCAGCGCUCUCAGCAGCUCCCUGCGCGACCUCUCAGAAGCGGGGAAGCGAGGGCGUCGCAGCAGUGCGGGAUCGCUAGAGAGCAAUGUGGAAGGGUCCAUCAUUAGCAGUCCUCACAUGCGCCGGAGAGCUACAUCACCACGAGACUGCCCAUCUCGCCCACACCAGGCCAUGCCCAACUCCUCCUCCCUCCUGGGCUCCCUGUUUGGGAGUAAGAGAGGGAAGCCCCCUCCCCAGGCCCAGCCGCCCCCCCACCCGCCACACCCCAUGGCCAGCCACCCCCAGGGGCCUGUGGAGGGCCCCCUCGCGGGCCCAGGGCACGGGCACCACAGCCAGUACUGCCACCUGCAGCAGAGCCCGCCCCCCUACCACCAUCACCACCACUACCACCCGCCCCAGCACGUCCAGCACGCACACCAGUACCACCACGGCCCCCACGGGGGGCACCCCGCCUACGGGGCCCACGCGCACGGCCACCCGCCGCUGCCCGCGGGCCACGCGGGCCACGCCCUGCACCACCACGGGCAGCCCCCCGCCCCGCCGCCCCCCACCAGCAGCAAGGCCAAGCCCAGCGGCAUCAGCACAAUUGUGUAG